AUGGAAUUCCUGAAAAAAAUUCAACUUGAUGUUAAGUUACAGGACAGCACUGUUGAGAUCUGGGCUACCCCUGCUGAAGAUCUAGAGGUAUUUUGCAUGUAUUUUACCAGUGUACUUGGUCAAGGCGAUUUUGAUUUAGCUGAUGCCCUUGAUCACCCAGAUGACAUAAUUACAAGGAAGCCUACAGUGAUCAGAAGACCCACAAGACCUGUGCUGAACAAUGAUCUACAUUUAGGAGAUGCACUUGGUGGGGGUGACAUCUCAAGAAAACCUUUAUACCCACCUCUUCCACCACGACCGGGAAGUUACGGUAAUUCUGGAGGUUUUGAUGACUCAGAUCUCCUUGAUGGGAAGCCUUUACCACCAGUCAUAACAGGAGAAGAGGAGCAUCAUUUCAAUCAUGGAGGAAACACAGAUUCAGGAUUAAUAGCUGGAGUUACAUCUCCUGUAAUUUCUGCCUUUGUAAUAUUGGUUGUUGGAUCAAUAGCAGCCUACUCUGCUUACAAGAAUAACAAACUUUGUUUCAAACCACGUGGUGGGGCUACAGUGUAA